GGCAGAGGGGAGAGCUUCUCCAGGUCCUCUUCCUGGUUUAACCUAAAACUAUAACCCAACUGAAAUCUGGAAACCAGAGCCGAACCAACGAGUUUCUGUCCUGGACUUGUCCAGAUGCAGCUUUUCCAACCUCAGCCCUGCUGCCAUGUUCUUCUUUCCUCCUGCAACCUUCCCAACAAGCCAUACUGGUAACUGGAUCUCCAUCUCUGGGCCCUGGAUCUACGUUUGGUUCUGAACCUGCAGGGACGUCCAUCCUGGAAGAUUAUCAGCUGUCCUGAAUAUUCUCCACGUCUUCCUGUAGGACGAUGGACUGCAGGCAGUCUGGACCUGAAACCUUCCCAGACUGCUGGACCGACCCUAAAGACUGAUACCAAACUUUACUUAUUGGUUCCUGAAGGAUUCUUCCUGGUGGAGCCUGUGGUUCAUGUUUUUAUUAAUAACUGUAGGCAGGCAAGUCAGACUUUCCUCAUUUUCCACAGACCUUAGAGAUUAAUUAGUAAAUAACUAACUGCAGUAGAAACGUACUGAUGUGUCAUUUAAAUAAAGGUUUGGGAACAUGGAUGGAUGGAUGGAUAGAUAGAUAACCUAUUUAAUAAUUUAAAUAAGGCUGUUAAACCAGCUAGAAUGUAAAGUAGAAUUAAGGCGGAGCAGCAGGUGGAGCCUGGCCUCUGAGCAGAGAUGACUUAUUGAUCAGUGAUCGGAGCGUCUCGGUCUGGUGGAGACGGAGCUCUGCUGGCUGACCAGUGUGGUGGAGAGGAUGGUCGGGUUCUCCACGAUGGAAACCUCCUCUCCACCACAGUUUCAAAAUUGUCCAGUUUGUACUCGAUGAUGGAUCCAGAUGUUAACUAUCAAUGAUCUGAUGAUCAGUGAUGUCAUACAGGAUGAUCAAUGGGAGGUGGAGGCUGCAGCUCAGAGGUCAGAGGUCAUCCUACCUGUCCAUCUGUGUGCUGUGACACCACGUGGCCGUCAUGGUGGGCGUGGUGGCGUGCGGCUCGGUGAGCUCCAUCAAAGCUCUGUGGGAGACCAGGAUCAGGAGGGGGAAGGAGGAGGAGGAGCAGAAGAGGAGGACGUCUAGGGGCGGGACUACAGGCAGACUCGGUGUUGGAGUCUGGGAGGACCGGGCGGUUCUGGCUCGUCUGAAGCAGAAGCUGCAAACAGAAGAUGGACGGCUGAUCCUCCGGAUCGAACAGGAAGAGUGGAAGACUUUGCCUGGAUGUUUGAUCCAGCUCAGUCAGGUCCAUGAAUGGCAGAUCCACCGGACCGGACUAAUGAAGAUCCCUCAUUUCAUCUCCAGCUUCCAGAACCUUCUGGUUCUUGAUCUGACCCGGAACGCAAUCUCAGAGAUCCCAAAACAGAUCGGGAAGCUGACCCGGCUCAGAGAACUGCUGCUGAGCUACAACAGGAUCCAGUUUGUUCCUGAAGAACUGAGUGGAUGUGAGAGUCUGGAGAAGCUGGAGCUGGCCAUGAACCGGGACCUGAAUGAGCUUCCAGUCCAGCUGAGGAACCUGUCCAGACUUCAGCACCUGGAUCUGUCCAUGAACGACUUCAGCGUCCUUCCGGACUGUGUGGUUGCGCUGCCGGCGCUCGAGUGGCUUGAUAUAGGAGGAAACCGUCUGGAGCGCUUACCUGAGGACAUCCACAGGAUGGACAAGCUGCACACACUAUGGCUGCAACGGAACAAGCUGGAGAAGCUUCCAGAAAACAUCAGCAUGAUGAAGAAUCUGGACACCCUGGUUCUCAGCAAGAACAAGCUGAGAGACAUCCCACCACUGAUGGAGGGCAUGUCCAACCUCAGGUUUGUGAAUUUUCGGGACAAUCCUCUGACUCUGGACGUGACUCUCCUUCCGAGGAAGACGCCGGCUGACGACGGUGAGGACGAAGACGACAGGGAGAUGUUUGGCCGAGAGUUCAUGCAGAUGUACAUCCAGGAGGCCCGGAAGAGAGCAUAUGCUGUCCUCAAUAUGCACUGCGUCAACCGUCUGCGGUGUUGGUCGGUGGAUCUGAAUGUGGAUGUUCUGGAUCAACAGCUCAAGCUCUUUGUGUCCAGACAUUCGGCCUUCCUGUCAGAGGACGUCCCAGGUCAGCGAACUCUGCAGCAUCGUGGAGACGUUCUGGACACUCAGGUGGUUCUGAAUCCAUCCCAGGACUUCAUCUGCUCAGAGGUCCGCCGGCUGGUCUGCAGCCCGUCUGCACACAAGCUGCUGGUUCUGGCGGGUCAGUGCGUGGAGGACAGCGGGGACAUCAUCCUGCAGCAGGGCAGCUUCUCCCUGAAGGACUUCCUGCAGGUCUUCUCUGAGGACAAGGUCAGGGAGCUGCUGAGUUCUGCAGACCCGUCAUCGAAGGCCUGCCUCACUGUCAGCUGUCCAGACUUGGGUCUCUGGAAGGACUCUGUGCUUCAGAACCAGAACCUGCAGGAGUUGAUGUCGGUCCAGAUCAACCCACCCCCUGUCCUCCCUGAGAUGGAGGGUCUGCAGGAGUUCACUGAGUACCUGUCUGAGUCUCUGGACCCGGAGUCUCCCUUCGGGCUCCUGGAGCCGCCCGGUACCGUGGGCUUCCUGAAACUGUCCCGGCCGUGCUGCUACAUCUUCCCCGGGGGGAGGGGGGACUCUGCCUUCUUCGCUGUCAACGGUUUUAACAUCCUGGUGAAUGGCGGCUCUGAUCCACGCUCCUGCUUCUGGAAACUGGUUCGACACCUGGACAGAAUCGACUCAGUGCUGCUGACCCACAUCGGUGUGGACAACCUGCCAGGCCUGAACAGCCUGCUGCUGAGGAAGGUGGCCGAGCAAAACCCGGACAUCGCCGGGUCUCACACUGAGGAGGAUUGGAUAAAGAAUCUUGUCUCCCCUGAAAUCGGAGUGGUUUUCCUCAACAUUCCUGACAGACUGAAGUCUAUCAAGCCAGAUCCGAGCCAACUACGGAGCUGCGACCAGGCAGCUCUCUCUCUGCAGCAUUUGGAGCACCUGGGGAUCAAACCAGAACCUCUUAGCCGGCCUACUGGACCCAGUAUAGAACCGGUGAUCUUAUUCCAAAAGAUGGGAGUGGGCCGCCUGGAGCUGUACACCCUGAACCCGGUCCGCGGUUCUAAAGAACUGGAAGCUUUGAUGCAGGUUUGGCCGAACAGCAGUCCAAACGUUAAAGCCUCCGAUAUUCCACUGCCGUGCCUCGUCUCUAUCUGUGCUCUGCUGGUGUGGCAUCCCUCUAGUCCUCAGGAGAAGAUCAUCCGAGUCCUCUUCCCAGGUUGUACACCACAGACCAAAAUCCUGGAUGGACUUGACAAACUCAAACAUCUGGAUUUCCUCAAACACCCGUCCAUGUCCCCGAAAGACCUUGAAAAAUCCAAAUCCGAAAAGCAACCAAAACGUGCCGAGAGUCAGGAAAGCCUCAAGUCCCACUCCAAAGACCUCCGAGCUGUCGGUGUCUUUCCGAGAGACAAAUCUGGACAAGGAGACGUCAAAAAAACGGACAUGAAGACGAAGGUGAAGGCGGCCGCUGAGCCCAUGGCCAAAGAAAGAAAGGAUGCUGAAGACAAGCCCAAAGUUAAAGAGGCAGACGCAAAAUCAAAAUCUGAAAAACUGAAUCCAAAAAAAGACGUAACAAAAGAAGAGAAGAAUGAGGAGAAGUCCUCCAUAAAGAGGGAAGACAUUGGAGAGAAGAAGAAGAAAGAAACUUUAAGUAUGAAGCCAAAGAAAGACCAAAAAGAGGGAAAGAAGGAUGUGAAACUGGAAGAGAAGAAACCUUCAAAACCAGCUCUGAGGGAGGUGAAGAAGACGAGCACAGUGUCAACGGCAAGCUCUGAACUCAGGAAAAGUUCUGGGAGAAGUGGGCAUGUCAAGAAGGAUGGGACAUUUCCAAAGAAAGACUCUCUGAAAGGGACCAAAGGUAAGACGGGUCCAAAAGAACUGAAUCAAUCCAAGACGUCAUCGCCAGAGGUCAUGACACCGGAACUGGAAGAUCAGAACGGGAAUGCUAGUCAGAACCCCAAAACUACGGUAGGAAAUUCUGAGAAACCAGACAAUGGGAACCAGAUCUCAGCUGUAGAGAGUCCAGAGAAGUUCCGCUCGGUGGGAUCGGACCGGGACCUCGUCCCCUCGUUGGCCACCAAAACACAGAGAGGUGUCAACUUUGACCUCCGUCCGAGGGCAUUCCAGGAGGAACCCACAAGUACCGGAACCAAUGUGGGCCCAGCGGAGAAGACUCUAGAUCCAGUCUCCCCAGUAGAUUCUGCUCCUAACAGUGCUGGACACACCCCAUUCCAUCCGUCCCCCAGUGAGGACAUGCAAGACAGCAGUUUCGGGCCAACAGGAUCCAGUUUGGGCUUUGAGGAUUACAACCAGGAAGGUUCUUGCAGGACUUCGGAGCUGAGUUCCCCAAGGGAAGUUCUGGAAAACUCUAUGUCCUCUCACGACAAACAGUCCAGCCUUCUGACCCUAAGUCCUGUUCUGAUCCUGGACACGUCCUCCACUGUGACGUCCAUACCAGCGGAGGUCGGCUCGCCUCACUCCACAGAGGUUGAAGAUUCAUUCUCCGUUUCUUCGGAUCAACUUCUGACACCCAAAGUCUACUCCAAUGGACAUGUCAGCGACUCGGACUGCAGCACCAGCCCGGUCCAGGCUGGCAGGAUGUCCCAGAACGGACGAAACGGAUCAGAGGACCAUGUCCACGUGAUGUCUGAGCUCAUCUCAGAGGUCCCGCAUGAUGUUGACCUUUGCCUGGUCUCUCCCUGUGAGUUCCAGCAUCCCAGAACUCCAGAGAGCCACCAGCAGAGCCCAAGCCCUGGUACUGGUCUCUGUAUUGGACACUCAGCUGACGUGUUGGAUAACAACAACCACUCGGGGGAUCAGAGCAGCAGUGGCUCCACCCACAGUCAGGAGACACCGCCUACAUCCGUUAGUGACUCUCUCCCCACCGCCACAGACUCCGACAUCCCUCCUGGGUCGGAGCACUGUCCAUCCAUCACUGCGGACAUCGAAUCUGAUGAAGACUCCAGCAGCCUCUUUCAGCCACACAAUCAUCCCGGUCAGAACCUCUCCCACAGGGCAGCCCAGCUAUCUUCUGACGACCCGCCCCCGGCACCGGUCAAAGACCUGCCCCCCCUGCCAACCCGCCCCGGAGCCUGUAUGAUGGACCCGGAGGCCGACAAGAGCCUAAAGACUUUAGGUGCCAGGAAGAAGCCACUGCAGAGGACCGCAUCUGGAAGUAGCUCCGCCCAGAGCGGGAAAUACAAGACCGGGAACUGCACCAGUUCAACGAAGACCACCUCUGGCCUCGACGGUAAAUCUUCAUCUCGAGGGUCUGCUGGUGGAUCCAGAAGUGGAAUUGCAAAACCAUCAUCCUCAGGUUCCAGGGCUUCUGGUUAUGUUGGUUCCACUGGUUCUGAUGGUUUUUCAGUGUACGUGGACCUGGCUUACCUGCCUUCAGGCUCCGCCUCCUCCACCAUUGACCUGAACUUGUUCAGACGACUGCGCUCUUCGUAUUACGUCAUCAGCGGAGACGAUGGCGUCAAGGAGACGAAGAUGAGGAGCAUUCUGGAUGCUCUGCUGGAGGGAAAGAGCAGCUGGCCGGAUGUCCAGGUAACCCUCAUCCCAACGUUUGAUUCCUUGGUGAUGCACGAUUGGUACCAGGAAACCCACGAGCGCCAGACACAACUGGCGGUCACCGUGCUAGGCAGCAAUAGCACCGUCGCCAUGCAGGAAGAGACCUUCCCCGCCUGUAAGGUGGAGUUCUGAUGCUGGCCCCCCCCCACCAGCAUGCUCAGAAACACUUUCCUCACCUGUGUGACAUCACACCUGCUGGAUCAGCUCACCUGUCAAAAUUAUUGAUCCGCUGUGGAUCGGUUCUAAUGGACGCGUUACGUUAGCAUGUGUUAGCAUCGGUUAGCUUCACAGCUUGUUAGCUUUAGUUCGGAUAAAAUCCGACUUUUAUCCGAUCGUUUUGUUUUAUCAGCGUUAGCUUAUCAGUUCAUCUGAUCAAUACCUAAUUAUGUGAUCAUUUUUUAAUUUGACAUUCUGAACAUUUUUGACAUAUGACCAACACACCAGACAGUGUCAACGUUUCCACUUAAACUUUAUUUACAACGUUCCACUGGAACAGAACAGGUUCUUCCAUUACCCUUGAUCUUUGGUGAGCGUUCCUCCUGCUUUUCCAGCUGCAGCAGUGCAUCCUGGGAGCUGUAGUCUGUCAAACCAAUCUGCCUUUUUUAUUGUAACUUAUUUAUUUGAUCCAAAGUGUCCUUUUAGACCCGACAGACACCCGGUACGACCUGCCACCAGAACCUUCACAGAUUCUAAAGACUGAGCUGGAACCAGUGGUAGUUUUAUCUCCAACAUUUCAUUUGAGGCUCAUUUAUGCUGAAUGUCAAAUUCAGACUCCUGUCGGUCCAGCUUGUCAUGAAAUUAGAAUAUCAUGAAAAUGUUUAUUUCUUUUCAUUUUGAUGAUUAUAACUGACAACUAAUGAAAACCCCAAACUGAGUAUCUCAGAAAAUUAGAAUAUUGUGGAAAUGUUCAAUAUUGAAGACACCUGGUCCCUUCAGCUAAUUAACUCAAAACACCUGCAAAGGCCUUUAAAUUGUCUCAGUCUAGUUCUGUUGGCUACACAAUCAUGGAGAAGACUGCUGACCUGACAGACAGCCAUUGACACCUUACACAAGGAGGGAAGACACGAAGGUCGAUGUUAAAGAGGCUGGAUGUUCACAGAGCUAUGUGUCCAUGAACAUUAAUAGAGGGAUGAAGGGAAGGAAAAGAUGUGUAGAAAAAAGUGUACAGUAGGGAUAACCGCAUCCUGGAGAGGGUUGUGGAACAAAACCCAUUUUAAAAUGUGGGGGAGAUUCACAAAGAGUGGACUGCAGCUGGAGUCAGAGCUUCAGGAACCAGCAGCAUAGACGUAUGAAGACGUGGUUUCAGAGGUCGCUUUCCUGGUGUCAAGCCACUCUGGAACAAGAGACAGAAGCGUCUCACCUGGGCUAAAGACAAAAAGGACUGGACUGCUGCUGAGUGUCCACAGUUAUGUUCUCUGAUGAAGGAAAUGUUGACGUCCUUUGGAAAUCAAGGUCCCAGAGUCUGGAGGAAGAGAGGAGAGAGUCCACGUUGUUGAGGUGGAGUGUAAAGUUUUCAGUCAGUGAUGGUUUGGGCGUCAUGUCAUCUGCUGGUGUUGGUCCACUGUGUUUUCUUAGGUCCACAGUCAACGCAGCAUCUACCAGGAGGUUUUAGAGCCCUUCCUGCUUCCUGCCUCUGACCAACUUUAUGGAGAAACGGAUUUAAUUUUCCAGCAGGACUUUUCACCUGCACACAGUGCCAAAGCUACCAGGACCUGGUUUAAGGACCAUGGUGUCCCUGUUCUUAACUGGCCAGCAAACGGGCCUGACCUGAACCCCGUAGAACAUCUAUGGGCUAUUGUGAAGAGGAAGAUGAGAUACGCCAGACCCAAUGAUACAGAAGAGAUGAAGGCCACUAUCAGAGCAACCUGGGCUCAUAACACCUGAGCCACAGACUGAUGGACUCCAUGCCACGCCGCAUGCUGCAGGAAUUCAGGCUAAAGGAGCCC